GAAUUAUCAACUUCCCUUUGAUCGACGCCACUUCCGUUUGAAAGACGGCGAUCAAUGAUCAUAUGAUUUAGUGUAUUUGGAGUAAAAAAAAGUGAUCGUAGAAAUGGAUUACAAUCCACAAAAACCAUCCACUAAACAGAUGGGGAUAUCAAUAUUCCCUGUAUAUUUUAUUUCUCUAAUGCUAGGAAGUCUGGCAUUACUUAUCAUUGCAUUUUAUUAUGUGUUAACUGGCAAAGGAACAAGGAUAGAUUUUGGUUGGUUCUUGGAACAAACAUCUCCUUACCUGUGGGCUUCGUUAGGAGUUACUUUCGCUAUUUCCUUCUCAGUUGUUGGUGCUGCAUGGGGGAUAUUCACAACUGGUGCUAGUAUCUUAGGAGCGGGUGUGAAGGCUCCUCGUAUCAAGACCAAGAACCUGAUCAGCAUCAUCUUCUGUGAGGCAGUGGCUAUUUACGGAAUCAUCAUGGCCAUCAUCAUUGGACAAAGCAUUGGAUCAUUUGACAAGGAAAACGAUUCUGCUGAAGUAAUCAGAGACAGCUAUGAUGCAGGCUUCCGUAUGUUUGCGGCUGGACUGAGUGUUGGGGUGUCCAAUGUUGCGUGUGGGAUCACCGUAGGAAUUGUCGGCUCUGGAGCAGCUCUGGCAGAUGCACAGAAUUCCACACUAUUUGUCAAAAUUCUGAUUCUUGAAAUCUUUGCUAGUGUCAUUGGUCUCUUUGGUGUCAUUAUUGGAAUUUUACAGAUUGUUGGAAUAAAGAUGGGAUCAGAUUAAAAGGACACAGGAUCUCAGUUACAAUAUAGAGCUGUCUAUAGUACUAAUAUAUAUAAUUAUUGACAAACAUGACAUGUAGCCACCUAUCCUAUGAGCCCAGCACUGCUUAUUUUGUGAUGACAUGAGUCUAGUCUAUAGGAUAUAUUGUGUACAGUUGUGAUUGUGGUUUUGAUGGACAAUUAAAUAGAAAUGUUGUUGAUCAAUAUGUAGAUGGACAUAACCCAGAAAGCAUUCCAUAUACAUAAUCAGAAUUGUGCUGGUCUAGUGUAAUUUAUCUAUGUAUGUCUGCUCAUUUAUAGAAAGAUCAUAGUAUACCAAGUAAAUUGGAAUGCACUUAGAAAUCCUAGUAAGUUUUGCAUUUUCAUCCCUAAACAAAUAGGGUACAUGAAAUUUAUUGUAAUACUUGUGUCUAUUGGCCCCUGUUACUCUCAUUGAGGAGGAAUUUUUUUCUUUGUAGGAUUUUAAGAUGCAUAUGUACAUGUAUAUGAAAUGGUUGUCUAUUUCAAAAUCAUUAAAUAAUCCUUUGCUGUUUUGAUAUUAAAAUAUUUAGUUUCAGUAUGUUUCAAAAUGUUGAAAAUAUCUGUAGUGUGUGUAAUAAAAGAUCUAGUUACAUAUGAAAGUAUCACAUUGUUACAUGGUCUUCUUAAUAAAUUCAAUAUUUUCAUCCUAA